AUGGCCACACCAACUAUAACAACCACUGAAGACGGAAUCAUCCCAAAAGGAACUCAGUAUGAUAUUGUUGGGGAUAUCCCCGAGGGAGAUAUCCCUAUUACAGUAUCAGACGUCUACGCGGCUUCGACUCGAAUAAAGGGUCUUGCGUAUUACACUGCCUUAGAAUUCAGCAACACCAUUUCUAAGAUUGCUGGCUGUAAAGUGUAUUUGAAGCUUGAGAACUUGCAGAAAACAGGAUCGUUCAAGGUUAGAGGUGCCAUCAACAAGAUCGCGACGUUAACUGAAGAACAAAAGAAGAAAGGAGUCGUCGCCGCGUCUGCCGGGAAUCACGCGCAAGGUGUUGCGUUUGCUUCUCGUAACGCAGGAAUCAGUGCGACGAUUGUGAUGCCUGAAUUUGCUUCGACGGCGAAAAUAGCAGCGACGAAAGGGUAUGGUGCCGAGGUGAUUCUUCAUGGGAAAGUGUUUGACGAGUCUCUUGCAUAUGCGAUGAAACUCUGCCAAGAAGAAGGAAAGACUUUUGUCCACCCGUUCAAUGACAAAUAUGUGAUGGCUGGGCAAGGUACAAUAGCACUUGAGAUAUUAGACCAAUUGGCAGAUGCUGAUGUCAUCGUUGGUGCUAUUGGAGGUGGAGGACUUUUGAGUGGGAUUGCUUACGUUGCAAAGACUUUCAAGCCAUCGAUCCGAGUGAUAGGUGUACAGGCGGAGACGUGUCCAUCAAUGGCAGUGACCAAAAAGGAGCAUAAGUUGUGUCUCAUGAAAAGCGCUAAGACUCUUGCUGAUGGUAUUGCAGUGAAGCAACCGGGUUCAUUAACAGCAAAUGUCAUGAUGAAAUACGUCGACGAGGUUGUCACUGUCGACGAAGAAAGUAUUGCGCACGCAAUGGUUAUGAUGCUUGAAAGAUGUAAGAUAGUGAGUGAAGGCGCUGGAGCAACUCCAGUCGCUGCGUUACUCUCUGGGAAAAUUAAGGGACUCACCGAGAACACUAAUGUUGUCUGCGUUGUUUCUGGUGGUAAUUUGGACGUUAGUAUGAUCAGUAAAGUCAUCGAAAGAGGCCUCAUCAAAGCAGGAAGAAAGGUUGAAUUCACAGUUGAAAUAUUGGAUGUCCCAGAUUCUAUUCAUCAGCUCUUGUUGUCUAUUAACAAAGAAAAAGGAUCUGUCACUAGUUUCACGACUAGAAGACCAGCAACUUUGACUUUGGGUAUUUGCCUUUGCGAUGUUGAAAUGCAGUGUUAUGGUGCUGAACAUAGAGAUAAGAUUUUCGAAUCUCUUGAGAAGGAUGGUUACAACUUGGUCAAGUGA